AUGUCAACUCCCUCCAGCUUCAAGCAACCGGCCCUGGCCCCGACCCCGGCACCAGCGUCGACGGACGAUGUUAACGUCGACGAUCUGGAGCUCGAAGCGCAGGGUUAUUCUCGGGAGAUGCCCCGACAGUUCACCACAUUGAGUCUCAUGAGUAUGAGCUAUGCCUUGCUGGCCACAUGGAAUGGAUUUGGUAGCGCCUUUGGCACUGGCUUUACCGAAGCUUCGUCGGCGGGUUCCAUCUGGACGUUGUUUAUUGCCGGCCUGAUGACCUUAGUCACUGCAACCGGCAUGGCAGAAUUAUCAUCUGCCUACCCAGUUGCAGGGUCACAGUAUUACUGGUCUUAUGUCGUCUCGAGCCCCGAAUGGGCCCCGUUUGCAUCUUACAUCGCCGCCUCUAUCAGCACAUUCGGAUGGUGGUUGGGACUGGCAAGCGUCACCAAUUUCAUCGCCGCGAUGGUCCUUGGCUGUGCCGCUCUGUGCUGGGAAGACUAUAUCAUCGAGAACUGGCAUAUCUAUAUUGUCUUCGUGUUUAUCACUUGGAUGGCCGUUGGCCUAAACAUUUGUGGCUCUCGACUGCUUCCUCUGUGGAACAAUUUCAUCAUGUAUUUUUCUCUCGUUUUGCUUGUGGCAUCUAUCGUGACUCUACUUGCAUGCGCUUCGCCCGGCUAUCAGUCAGCACAGCGUGUGUUUACGGACAUGACAAAUUCCACAGGCUGGCCGAAUGAUGGAUUCGCCUUCUUGCUCUGCAUACUCAACAGUCUCUACGGAUAUUUGGGUGUUGACUGCGGAGCUCAUCUCUGCGAGGAAAUUCCCAAACCUACCGUCAAUGUGCCCAAGGUGAUUAUAUAUCCUGUUCUUAUCGGGUUCAUCACUACCCUCCCGUUUGCAAUCUCUCUCAGUCUCGUCAUCACCGACAUCGACGCCAUUAUCAGCACCCGCACUGGCCUUCCUAUCAUUGAAGCUUACUACCAAGCAACGAGCAGUAAAACUGCAACGGUGGUGCUCAUGGCUGGCUUCGCACUGUGUCUCUUCGGGGCUGCUUGUGCAAAUAUCACUAGCUCCAGCAGACAGCUGUGGUCCGCCUCACGCAACAAUUGCUUUCCCCUCUCCCGAUGGUGGAAGCAAAUCCACCCGCAGUUCAACAUGCCUCUGAAUGCGGCAUGCGCUUCUGGAACCUUCGUGACGCUCUACGGGCUGAUAUUCCUUGGUUCUUCUGCGGCCUUCUCGUCCAUGGUCGGAGCCUCAAUCGUGUUUAUGACAACGUCGUAUGUUAUCCCCCAAGGAAUCCUAGCCUGGCGUGGACGUGAGAAAAUCCUACCCGCCCGCCAUCUGAACCUUGGAAAGUUCGGCCUGCCGCUUAAUGUCCUGUCUUGCGUGUGGGUUGCAUUUGUCGACAUUCUAUACUGUUUUCCUACUACCUAUCCGGUCACGGUGGAGAAUAUGAACUGGAUUAGUGUGGUUAUCGCUGGCCUUGGUAACUUUAUUCUCAUUGCCUGGUUUGUCCUACAACGCCACGUUUUCAAAGGGCCGUCAAUCAACUUGGACCUGCUGAAUGAAGCACGCAGCGAAAUUUUGCAAGGCAUUCCCGUUAUCCACGGUAAAGAUCUUCCAGAGGCGGGGCCCUUGUCGAGGCUGGGUGAACACCCAGAAGAGAUUGCUACUUCUGCAAAGACAAUUAAAGGAGAAUAA